AUGGUUUACUACUUCACCUCCAAGGCCGUCGACCCCGCAGCCUUCAUUUACGUCGGCAAGGACAAAUACGAGAGGCUCUCACACGGCGGCACAAUAUUGCUACAGUUCCACGUGGACAAGCUCUCCAGCGCCCACAUUUACUUGAGGUUGCGAGAGGGCGAGACCUGGGAUGCCAUCCCCGAGCCUCUGGUCCAGGACCUGGCCCAGUUGACCAAGGCAAACUCCAUCGAAGGUAACAAGAAGGACAAUAUCACCAUAAUCUACACUCCCUGGUCCAAUCUCAAAAAGGACGGCAGCAUGGAUGUCGGCCAGGUCAGCUUCCAUGACCAGAAAAAGGUCAAGAGGAUCCUGGUCCCCCAGCGGGAGAACGCCAUAGUCAACAGGCUCAACAAGACCAAGGAGGAGAGGCACCCGGAUCUGAAGCAGGAGAAGGACGACCGCCUGCGUGAGCUCCGGAAACGGGAUCAGUCGGCGCAGCUGCAGAGGCGCAAGGAGGAAGCCAAGAUUGCCAAGGAGCGCAGCGAGAAGAAGUGGCAGAAGGAUCACGCCUACGACGACAUCUUCGCGGAGGAGAACAUGGAGGGCUCUAGCAACCAGAACCGUGAUGAGAACUGGGAGGACGACUUUAUGUGA